UGAAGCAGCAGCUCAUCCACCGAACGCAGCGCAAAAAGGGACGAGCAACCGACAAAGAUUAUGACCAGCCCGGUUGGAAGUAAAUAAUAAAUCAUCGCCCGGACCAACUUCUUGCUCUAUUUCAGAAGCCACAGGGUAGUUGAUGGUUCUCUCAUCGAUGGACCGGUGAGCCUCAAGGGCCAAGUGGAACCUGAUAUUGGAGCGUUGAUGAGCCAUCCGCCACACCCGACACCAUGACUGUCUUUGCCCUCAUCAUCAUCAACAAGGCCGGUGGCUUGAUCUACAACAAGAACUUCCACGACGGCCUCAACCAGAUCAGUACAAACGACUACCUCGUCCUUGCCGGAACCUUCCAUGGCGUCCACGCCAUCACGGCACGCCUCAACCCCGUCAAGCCCGCGCCUGGCUCCACGCCCAGCGGGAGCAGACCGGAGCCGCCGUCGGGGCUCGAGGUCCUGGAGACGGAGAACUUCCGCAUGCAGUGCUACACCACCUUGACGGGCACCAAAUUCCUCAUCUUCACCGACACCACGCAGGCCAAUGUCGACGUCACCAUCCGCCGCAUCUACGACCUGUACUCUGAUUACGUCAUGAAGAACCCCUUUUACUCCCUGGAGAUGCCCGUCCGGUGUGACAUUUUUGACCGGAAAAUGUUGUCGUACAUUAGGGAGAUCAACAAUCGAUAGAUGGGCCCGAUGCUGGCCAUGGACGGCCGCGUGGGCGGGGGAUACUAGCGGGGGAGCGAAUGGUGGGCUACAGUAUAGAGACGCUCAUCUAGAGUGUCAUGGCACGAGGAUAUACGCAGCUGGUAAUGACUUUGA